CUCGUUCGAAAAUGCGGACAUCGCUGUUCGCAGUUCGACGCAUUGUGUAAAAGAAUCGUUUGACAGUUCGUCGCGACAAAGAAGAAAGUGUCCACAGCGAGGGGAAUCGGAAGAAAUGGUUGGACCGAAUAUCUCCUUGUGACUAACCGUUCCGGAAGGUGGUUCAUCCUCUGUACAGGGCGCAUCGUUUAGGACACCUUCCGAACACGAGCGUGGAAACCCGGAACUCGCAACGCUUUGCAAAGUGUAUCCUGUGAGCCCUGUGACAGGGCCCGGCGCAGCGAGGUCCGUAUGGGAAUUAAGUCCCGAUCCCGACAUGGUCGGGCAUCUACCGAACACUCCAGUUUCGAAUACAGCUCAUCAAAGCCAUGGAUCGGCUAAGGGCACCGAAUUACAGCCGAGAAAUGGUCCCGAUGACCAUGUCUAUGCCGACGAAAUUGCUCCGAGGCAAACGCCGUCGGAAGAAACGAAACGGAUCUUUGAACUUCUUCGAUCCGGUUGUAUUUUUAGAGAGAUUGGAGCCGUCGACGAAUUAGUAGAAAAAAAUGGGCCAAGUGUUUUAAGUGCGAGGGACGAAUGGGGAUAUACCCCCGCGCACUGGGCAGCUUUGGAUGGGAACAUCGAAGUAAUGAGGUAUUUAAUCGAGCGCAAUGGUCCGGUCGAUCUCUCUUGUCUCGGGAUCCAAGGACCAAGACCGAUACAUUGGGCUUGCCGGAAAGGUCACAGCGCGAUAGUUCAAUUAUUAUUGAAGACCGGAGUAGCUGUCAAUGCCGCGGAUUUCAAAGGCCUAACACCUCUCAUGACUGCUUGCAUGUUCGGGAAAUUUGCGACGGCCGCGUUUUUGUUAGGAUCCGGUGCGCUAGGGCAUUUAACAGACAUAAACGGUGACACUGCCCUUCAUUGGGCUGCAUAUAAAGGCCACGCUGAAUUAAUAAAACUACUCAUAUAUAGCGGAGUAGAUUUGCAAAGACCGGAUUAUUUCGGGUCCACGCCUUUACAUUUAGCAUGUCUUUCGGGGAACGUCAGCUGUGUUAAAAUACUAUGCGAAAAAAGUAAAAUCGAAUUAGAGCCCCGUGAUAAAAAUGGCAAAACGCCAUUGCAAUUGGCAAAAAGUCACCGGCAUUCGGAGAUUGUGAGAAUACUGCAGGCUGAACAAAAGCGACGGGCCAGAUGGAUUCCACCUAUGAAUGAACUUUGGGCACUGUUAUUUGGCGGAGCUGGAAACAGCAAAGGACCUAUAUUAUUAUUCAUGAUAUCCGUUCUUUUAUGGGGAUAUCCGAUGUAUUUAUUAAAGUGUAUUCCAUUAACUUGGAAUCUCUUACGUGGCAGUCAUUACUGCUUUAUUUAUUGGAACAUCGUCAUGUGGAUCUCGUGGAUCGUAGCAAACAGAAGAGAUCCGGGCUACGUACCGCAAAACAGCGAGACCUACUACAGAGCAAUUAAACAGAUCCCGUAUUUUGAUAAAUGGAAAAAGAGGAAUGUGCUGUUAUCGCGAUUAUGCCAUAGCUGUAGAUGUUUCAGACCUCUGAGAGCUAAGCAUUGCAGGAUUUGUAACAGAUGCGUUACAUAUUUCGAUCAUCACUGUCCAUUUAUAUAUAAUUGCGUUGGUUUGAGAAACAGAAUGUGGUUUUUCCUUUUUGUUACGUGCGUAGCAAUAAAUUGUUCCUUUACCAUUUACUUCGCUUGUUAUUGUAUGGCAAUUGAAGGCAUACAACUGUUGUACGUAUUGGGUGUAUUAGAAGCACUAGUAUUCUGCGGAUUAGGAUGGAUUCUGACCUGCACUUCAGUAUUACAUGCAUGCAUGAAUCUGACCACGAAUGAAAUGUUCAAUUAUAAAAGGUAUUCGUACUUAAGAGACAAAAGGGGAAGGUAUUUGAAUCCUUUCAGUAGAGGGCCCGUCCUCAAUUUUAUAGAAUUCUUCUUUUGUCCCCCGAAUCACCAAGUAAAUGAUCCUCAAAAUUAUCAAAUACUAUCGGAAGAUAUCAUGUGAACAAUUACCAAUAAUAUCGCACUUUUAAGAAGUAAAAAUGUUCUGAACAAAAUUAAUAUUACGUCUUUAACGACUGUAACAUAUGUACCUGCACGUAAUGUUGCUUUUAAUAUUGUAGCUUUUUACUUACGAUAAUGAACGAAAGGUUCUAUAUACUUAUUAUAUUAAAUAUGAUUUUAAAUAAAAUCAGACUUGAAAAGAA